CGAUGGACCGACCCGAUUGUCCGAGCGAUUCGGGACGGCAAAGCGUAUCGGCUUACAGACACAUGCAUGCCAAGGCGCACGGCAGGAUUGCAGUCAAACCUCACCUCCGCAUCUUAACCGGCCACCUUCUCGGAUAUGUAGACUUUGAAACGUCGAUCAAGUAAAGGGGUCCGUGAAGGUCACGAUGCUGACAUUGGGGGAGGGGACAUCAGUCUGUUUUCCAGCCGGAGCUACCGUUGGAAGUAUAACAUGUCGAACGUGACAGCGGCGAACAUUUUUUGCAUACUUUGAUCAAUUUUGUCCACGCUUUGACCAAUUUUGCCCAAGUCAAAUCCGCAUCGACAUAAGCGUAAGGCUCCCCACCAGGCUCAAUGGAGAAAGCUGUGAUUGGCCUGUCCCCCGAGAUCAACGAAUCUCCAGUCCAAUCAUUCUCAUGGCGUAUCAACCGGACGCAUGCGAGCCUUCAGGUUCAGUCUAUUGAUUUGGUGAUUGCCCCCACAGGAUCGACGCUGGGAAGCAGUGGCGUAACAUCACUCCCAUGGCCAUCGGAGUUGCACGAAGGUCUUAAAUGGACGGGGAAUAAUCUCAAUAUUCGCAUGUUCAUCGAAAAGGCUCUGAAAGACUCUGGCUCUCCAGCAUCACUGGCAAUCAAACUCCUGAUUCCGCAAACCAGCGGGUAUGUCGCACAGUCAAAUAUCUUUGAAACGCGCUUCUACACAUGCCCCAAUGUCGCAGCUGUUGCGAGUUUCAUCAAACCGGGAGAGUUCAUCAGAGGCUUCGCCGCCACCGGCGUUGACGAUCCGACUUCGAAGCUCCGUGCCUUGCUUUCAUCUACCAUCGGUGCUAUGAGAGCCUCUUCGGACGAGACAAUAUCCUCAUGGAGCGCACUUGAUGCUUUGGAAAAUGAGCUCCAGAACCGCAUGGCAUUGCAUUUCCUCCUCCCUGAUCCAAUUCCAAGAAAGCGAGUGGGGCUUGUUUUCUGCCCAUCGAAUACUAUGUCAUACGAACUCUUGUUACACCUGGGGAUAGAUUUGGUGGUCUUCGAUGAGCCCGGUCAUUUCAUGGAAGAUUCCACUGGCCCCGCGGCCCAUCUACGCUCAUCAUUCCACACACUAGACUUUACUCCCGAUGAUGGACUGGUACAGCGAUUGUAUGAAGUGAUGCAAAGUCUUAGAUUGGACGGUCUUGUUUCACGCAUCGAACCUUACUUCCCUAUCCUGGCGCGCGUGUCUGCCAUGUUGGGUAUACCAAGCGCGUCAGAAGAACACUUGAUCGUGGCGACCAACAAAUACCUAUUUCGCACAAUUAUACAGCCCAAGGUCGCGGAAAGUCAUACUGCAAUCAAAUGUAUGAGCACCUGCGAACUCAAGGGUCGACUCGAAAAUAGGGAUGAACCUCUGCAUAUCGAUUAUCCUGUUGUGGUGAAACCGACUCAAGGUCAUGGUAGCUGGGGCGUACUUAAAGCUACCGACGAGAGCAGUCUCCUGGCCGCCGUAGAAACAGCGACUCAACUCAGAAUGGGGCCCGACCGCGAGUCCAACCCAUAUCCUGAAGUUCUCAUCGAACCUUACAUCGGAGGUCCUGAGAUCGAUAUCAACAUCGCCAUGCUGGACGGAAAGAUCUUGUUCAGCGAUGUCGCGGACAAUGCUCCAACACCAGGCGACCUGGAUACGCUUGGCGAGAGUGGAUCAUUGGAUUUCCAGGAAAGACUCUUCAUGUACCCUUCACGACUUCCGGAAGCCGAACAAGCACAAGCGCGCGAACAUCUGCGAGAGUGUAUUCUUCACAUGGGAUUUCGCAGCGGCAUAUUCCACUGUGAAGCUCGAAUCCGCGACUCUACGAUGCAUUACGCACUACAUGACGAUUCCGGUAUAACCGACCUUGUAGAAGUCGGCAGCGCUUCGAACCGGGAGCCAAGCACGUUUGUCAUUGAGAUCAAUUGUCGGCCACCCGGCUACUUCGGGCUGUACGCCACGACAAGACUUUACGGUGUUGAUCUGUGGGGCCUGUACGUCUUGCACGCUGUCUGCGAUGAGGCGCGGUACCGAGCAUUGUCCGUGCCAUUCGCAUCUGGAGCGCAGCAUGACAGUGCUGUCGUCUUGAUACUGCCUGAGAAGGGAGGUAUAAUGAAAUCGGAGGACCCAAUACCAAAUUUGCGAAAGAAUAAUCCAGCCCUAGCUGCAUGCAUACCAUUAUACCGGAAUUUUUAUAAGGUGGGAGAUGUCGUGCCCUCACCCGCCGAUACCAGGAGUGAGUUCACAUCGAUUGUGAACAUGGAAUCGAUGUUGGGAAGGGAGCACCUCCUAAAAAUGGUCGAGGAUGUCAGGCGGCAAUGCGUGCCGCUCGUUGAAUGACACUUUUCAAAGUUUGCAAUAGCGUCGAGGAGUCGUCUGUGAGCUUGAAAAGAUUAGCAUCGUCAGUCUCGAAUCAUCUACUUCCAUGUAAUCGGGCAUGCAAUUCCUGCCAACUAUCGACUUCUAGUCAUCUAUUUCUACCUCAGUGAGCUUCAUCCCGUACAAGUUAUGAUUUCGGGGGGCGAAUGAUCGUCUCAAGUAUGGCACUUGAUCGGCAUCUAUACAGCGAAUAAAAGGUCUGGGUAUAGCGGAACCCCGACUCCACCAAGUCAACGCUACUAGGUGAUCUUGAAAAGAUAUUGCGUUUCCUCCGAUG